UGCCUUCCCCCACCAAGCACCCCACCCCACCCCAACGAAAGCAAGCAACCCCGCAAGCAAUCGCGAAAGCGAGCGGCGGGCGGCGAAUGGCGCGCGGGCUGCGCGGCGUCCGCGACGAUCUCUCCGAGCUGGGGCGGCACCUCCUCGACAUCGCCUGCUUCCUCCACCCGCUCCUCAACCCCGCGCACACCGACUCCCCGCCGGCCACCCCCACUGGCCGCCGCGCGCGCCCCCGCCGCUCCCCGUCCCCGCACCCCGCCGCGCCGCCAUCCCCGUCCCUCCUCGCCGGCAUCCUCUCCGACCUCGCCGAGAUAGGCGGCUCCCUCCGCGGCGGCUUCUCCGCCGCCGCGCCGCCCCAGCCUGACCACCCCGCUUCCGCCACCGCCACCGCCGCCGAGGCCCUGCAGGCCGCGUCCCCGCCUCAUCCUACUCCUCGUGCUGCUGCUGCGCAGGUUGCCGAUGAGGUUGUGGGAGCAGCGCGUGCCCUUGCGGCGCGGCCCGAGGCGUGGAUCGACUUCCCCGUGCUCGCCCUCGAUGAGAAUUCUAUAAUCUCUGAUAUCCAAAGAGACCAUAUGGAAUCCAUUGAAAAACUUGUCCCAAAUUUAGCGUCUCUACGGACUAGGCUCUGCCCUUCUUACAUGGAUGAAGACGUAUUCUGGAAGAUAUACUUUAGUCUGCUUGAGUCGAACAUAAAUGAGCAUAGUUCAGAGGAAGAUAACCGGAGUGUGCCAAGUUCUGUGCAUCACGUCAAUGAGAUAGAGUCAGAUUCUCCGCCUCAUGUCUGUGAGAUAGAAAGUGUGAAAAGCAACCAAGAGGGCUAUCAAUCUUCAGAUGGCCAUGCUUUGACCAAGACAAGAUCCGAGCGAAGCAUUGACCAAUGGGUGUUUGCAAAGUCGAAAUCAGAGGAAAGCAUGGAUCAGUGGUCCGAAAUACCUUCUGAUGUGGAAUCCUUUAGAGAAGGUAAAAGAUACCUUAGUAGCGAGGAGUUGAGCGAUGUGGAUAGUGCCAAUGUUGUGGUCAUGGACAAAUACAUGGAUUCACUUCUCUCUGACCGGAGGAACCUCCCAUACGCUAGUUCCUCAGUUCGCCGGGAUUCAGUAAGGCGAAAACCUGCUUCGUCCACUGGCUACAGCCACCGGCCUCCACAACCACCUCAGCCUGCAUCGCUUUCCAAGAAGGAAUCAUGGGAUGUCAUCGAGGAUUCAGAGUUUGAUAUACUUGACAGUUAGUAAUAGAGAUCUUUGCGAUCUCUUGGAUGUUUAUCGUUCUAUUUUCUUCCUUGUUUCCCUACAAGCCGCCUGGUUUGUAAAUGACGACCUUCAGGUGGUGUCAGUGAUGGUGGGAAAGGACAUUUACCAAUACUCAUUCCAGUCUCAAACAAGUGUCGUUUUGCAUUGGGUUUUUAAUAUUUUUAAACUUUGGUUACAAAAUA